AUGCCAUCGCAGCAACCCGAAGAUCUCGAAGGAGCAAGCCACCAAGAGGAAGCAUACACACACGACUACCCUUUAAGCGAAGAUACGACAUUCGAUUACGAUAGCCAAGAACAUUGGGGUACUCUGGGGAGUCUUGCCGAACAGGGCUUCUAUGAUUUUGACGCCCCUAUGGACGUUUAUUUUGAGGUUAUACAGCAAGCCAGCAACCAGCUCCACAUAUUUCACGGACGACCCUUCUCAGAGGCAGAAACGGCCAUGCACAGCAUCAUCCAGACUGUUAUGGAAUCGUUCCUACGGAGACAACGGGAAGCUGAUAGGACCGAGGAGCGCCAGGCUGGGGCAGAGCAGCAGGAGGAGGUUACGAGACAGUUUGGUUCGAUGCUCGAAGACCCUGAACAAUGGUGGCCGGAAGGGCAUGGGGCGGAAGAGACUUUGCAACAAUUGAGAGAAUCCAUUAGCGAUAUCAAUCUCCCUGAUGUGGCCGAAGAAACGGUGAUCAGUCAAGCUCUCUCGUACGGCCAAGCGAAUGAUUCUGGCCUUAAUGGGUUGAAGAUGGUAGUCAGGAGCAUCGCAAACGGUACUUUAGGUAGUCAUACAUAA